UUUAAUUUGUCUCACUUUGGCUCUCUCCCUCCCUCUCUCUCUCUCUCUCUCUGUCCCUGUCUGAGGAUCCUCUCGCCAUGGCUACAGACCCGGACGGUGACUCUCAAAUGGCCUCCUCUCCCGAAUCUAGCCACUCCCCCUCCGAUGUCGAAGACUCGCAGCCCCGUGCCCGCACGCCGACUCAUCCAACACAAAGCACCCUUUCGCAGUUCGCUGGCGUCUCGGAGCUCUCUCCACCAGGCUCACAGACUCAGACCACAGCCGAGAUGGUCGGACUAGGGAAAGGACUCUCUAGUCCUGAUGGGGGGGUAGCAGAGUCAGCCCAACAGCCGGGAGCAUCGUGGAUGAAUAAGCGAGCAGAAGAGGAGUACCAGCGCGCGAUGGAGUAUGUGAUUGAUCAGGAUUUCACUCUCGAUGAGUUUGGAGACCCGUUCGACGAGAGCGAUAUGAAAGAAAAGCUGUUUUAGAACUGGGCUAGCAUAAUACGGUGUUUGGUGUUCUCUCCCUGUGUCUUUUCUUUUAGUAUGAUCUACUGCAAGCUUUUGAAUGACUUGUGAGCUCUUCGAUCCGAGCUAGAUGAUGGGUGCAAUGGCUGGGAUAGCUAGGCACCACAACGACCCAAGCAAAGACAAGAAGCACAUGAAUAGUCAGUCUAUCAUCUCUUGAUCUAGUGGAAAUGAGUAGUGU